CAAACGGCGUGUAGUUUUUUGGUGGCAAAGUCGGCGACAAUUGGAAAUUUCCCAUCUAGUAUGACCUUGCGCCUCUCGUUUGGCACGAAUUCAAUCUUCCCAUUCGCCUACUCCUUCUUCCUCCGCCAGGUAACUUCGUCGCCGUCGUUGUCGACGACGAUCAGACAUAUCUUGACACUGUCAUUGUCGUCCUGUACUAUCUUUCGUUUUUCCCUCGUUCGUUGGCCGGAGAACCUGUGCGCUGUCUGUCCAGCUUGAGCUGCCUUUAUAUAUCUUUGCAGCUUACACAGCUCUAAAGUCUCUACCAUCGACUCUAUUUUCCACCCGUCAAACGCGAUACGUGCGCUCUCUUUUGCUGAUCUCUUAAACCCCUUCUUGUGUUUCUACUUUCACUUGUCAACCUGUAUCGGAGCUCUUCAUGGCCACUGGCCCUCCCGGAUCAAUGCCUGCGCAACCUCCUGCAGGCGAACCCUCUCCCCCUUCGUCGGAUCCAUCUUGGGAAGGGGACAGGAUGUUCAACAUUUACAUUUAUGAUUAUUGCAAUAAGCGCGGAUUCCGUAAAACAGCUCGCGAGCUACUGGUAGAGGCUGAAAUACCACCAGACUCUGCUCCCCCCAUCAACGCACGUCAGGGUCUACUUUUCGAAUGGUGGAGUGUUUUUUGGGUACUUUUCACAGCAAAAAGCAACGGAACAGGAACGGAUGACGCUAUGGUUUAUACGCAUCAUCAGCUACAGCAACAGCACCUCAGAACGCACAACGCACCCCAAAUGCGGCAAGCGCCACCAGCGAUGAAUCGUUUCAUGAACGGUACGCAAAGACCUCAAGCAUCGAUGCCACCAAACGGCCAGAUGCCUAACGGUGUUGGACCUGCUUCUUUGCCAGGUAAUCCAGGCCCAAUGCAAAAUGGCGCUCAGGGUCCCAUGGCAUUCCCAAUGAACGGUCCUCAAGCUAACGGUAUUCCGAUGUCAUCGGGCGGCCCUCAAGGUCAACCAGGAAACUUUUCGCAGCUACUACCAGGGCAGCAGAGGCCCGGUGGCCCUCCAAGACCAAAUGGCGCUGCGCCUCCAUUCCAAUCCCCAACGAUGUCUCAUUCUCCCCAUAUUACGGGAGGCAACCCUGGUUCCGGACCCCAGCAUCCACAGCCCCCGAUGAAUCAGCUGACACAGACGCCGCCAUUUCCGAUGGGACGGUCGCCCAGUCGUCCUGGUACCCCCGGUCAAGGUGGUAUGAUGCAACGCAGUCCAUCGUUGGUAGCCCGUCAGACGCCAUCGAACGAUCCAACUCUAGGCAUGCUCAACCAAGAACUUAGCCGUUUGCCUACCGAAGUCGUUACGGCGGUCAAAAUUGCAAUGUUUGGCGAUAAGGACUUGCACUCACUUAGCUUUCAAGAUAAGCAACGAAUUAUGAAUGAGGUGCGGCAGCGGAGCGUGAAGGCAUCACAACUCGGCCCUGUUUCAUCAAACUUGCAAGGGAUGGCUCCGCCCGGGCAGCAACGCCGACCUGUUCAACAUCCAACGAUGCAGCAACAACAGCAACAACAACAACAACAGCAACAACAACACCCACAGCGCACCAUAAAACGCAACAGCACGUCACCUGGAGAAGAACAUGGCACGCUCCCGAAUAGUGAAAACUCGCCUCCAGACAGGAAGCGGCAGCGCCGCACACCUCCCCCCAUGGAACAAACAUCAUCCAUGGGCCCCGGGCCAGGAUAUCCGCACCCGCAACAGCAGGGUAUGCCAGGCGGGCCACAACAAAUACCCAAUGGUAACAUGAUGCGUCCAGCGUCUAUGCAAGGCGCCCCCAUGAAUAACUUCCAGCCACACGGUGUUCCACCGAACAUGGGUAAUCCUGGUAUGGGACUGCCUAUGGGUGCUCCUGGUAACGCCAUGAGCCCGGGCAUGGUUCCAGGACCAGGUCAUAACAUGAUGAUGACCAAUGCCAGUGCAGCCUUGCAGUACCGACAUAGUAUGGCCGCAACGACCAAGAACCUAUUAGCAGCGGCCACUCCUGGUGUUUCUGAGCAAGGUUUCCAUCCUGUGCAAGGUCAACAACAGUUUGUUGGUCCCCAGAACAAUCGAAUCGGCCAGAAUUUAGCUCAAGCCAAACCUAUGGGUGGCAUGGCGCCACCCGCGUCACCAGCUAUCGGUGGUCCCAUGAAAGAUCAGAAGGAUGUUAAGCCCAUGAUCAAUAACCCUUCAGGUAUACCAGAAGGGUCACCUCACAACGCUCCCGCUGCUCCAGGCCAAGGAGGGCCCUCAUCCAACCCUACGGGAAGCGCACACGGCACUGCACCCCCGACUCCAAAUACCAUCAACUCAAGCAUCACGCAAUCCCCUGCUCCGAACGGGACAUCUUCAGUACCUCCGGCUUCGAAUCCCGCGAGCCAACCACAACCCAAUUUAUCAGAUCUACCACCUAAUUUCAUGUCUUCUUCGGACUUCAUUCAAUCUAUGUCAGCAUUGGAGGACCUAGACCCAUCCAUGUUUCGGACAGACUUUGAGCAAGACUUCCGUGAAUGGUUCGAUCCAACCGGCGUGGAUAUCAAGUAAACGGUGGAUGGAAGAUAUGAUCUUUUCGGGUUUCGGAUUAUGUGUUUGUUUCACUCUUGCUUUUCGAACGUUCUUACCUCAAUUCUUACGUGUACAUGUUUUUUUUUUGCGCUGACCCCCUUGUUUUCUCUCUCUUCGCGCGGAAUCACGAUGUCUUAUUUAUUGCAAAAACUGCAGCGAGCAGUGACAUCUUGGCUCCUCCCAGUUUAGAUAGCUUAUUUUUGUCGUUGACUUGUUGCGAUAGUUCCGCUUGCUGUUUGUUACCUCGCUCGGUCACCCUCUCUCAUCUUGCUGCAUGUAUAACUAAUCUCAUCAUGAUCUACUUCUCGCUCAUCCGUGUUUCACACUCAGG